AUGGUCGGUUGCUGUUUGUGGUGGAAGGAGGCUAGAAAGGCUGUGUGCAGUGGUCGUGGCGGCGUUUUGUAUAAUGGGACUGCACAAUUGACUGUUGCUGGUGAAGAUGAGGAGAAGGAUGAGGGUAUGGCGGUGGGCCGUAUGGAUUUGGAGAUUCUGAUAGCACAAGUUCAUCGGGCAACUCCAAGAGAUGGGCAGGAGGUUCUUGUCAAAGUUCAAUAUAAUGGACUAGAGGAAGUUAUAUUAGAGGAUCUGAAAAAUGCCAAGUCAAUAGUUGAUUGGAUUGCUUGGGCAGAACCACAAUAUGACUUCAAUCCUGUCAUGGACGAAUGGUGCAAAGAAGUACCAAAGGAGUUGGAUUUUAACCAUGAGAUUGGUAUGGUUCAGAUAAUCGAUUAA